AUGAGUGAGGGAUCACAAAAUUUAUCAAAUAAAGGAACAAAUUACUCGGGCAGUAAUAUAUCAGAAGAAAUGGCAACAAUAGAUGAGUUAGCCAAUACUAUUGAUGGUUAUUUGAAUAUUCCAGGAACAAAUAGAACGAUUUUAUCCAAUCAAAUAAAAAGAGUUAAAAGACAGAUACGUCGCAAAUACAACAAUCUUCAAACAGAUCUUACAAAUGAGCAACAACGAAGAUAUAAUGCUGAAGCAGAACGAGACCUACGUCAAACAGAAUUAAGAAAUACAGAAGCUGAUCUUAAUUUAAUGAUUAUUACAUAUAGUGGUGAAGUAAAAGAACGACGUCGCUGGUACUAUUCCUAUAAAGAUAAACAUAGACAUGUUAUAAAUUUACAACGGGAUAAAUUUACUUUACAUUUAUUGUUACAACGAUAUAAAAAGCAGUUAAAUACAUGUCGUACUGAAAAUGGAUUAUUAGAAUAUAACCGUGACCGAAUAUUUGAUAGAUACGAAAAAUGGAAGAAUAAAACAAAAGAUGAACGGCAAAUAACUUUAAAUCAAAAUCAAAAUAUUUUAAAUUUACAGCAACAAAAUUUAGCACUACAAAAUAAUAAUCAACAAAAUCGAAUUAUGGCAACUAAUCAACUACCGACAUAUUCAGGAGAUGAAAAUUUGGAAGAAUUUCUAGCUCAAUUCAGAGCAGAAGUAGAAGCUCGCGGUAUUAAUGUAGCAGAUGGAGCAGGUGCCCCAGCGGGAAGAGACGUUGGAAAAGGAUUAUUACGUGGUUGUAUGAGAGGACGACUGUUAGAAUGGUAUGAUGAAAAUAUUACUACUAAACAAAAUUUCGAACUAUGUAAUUUAUUAGAUAAUACAGGACAAGCUACUAUACAGUUAGUUGCAGGACGUACAGCAGUACAAAUAGGUAAUCAAGCAAUAAAUCAAGCAAAUGGACGAGCUGGAGAUGAAAUAAUACCAUUAAGAGCUAAUGCAAAUCCAUGGAAUGAAGAUUGGAGUAUUGCAGGAGGAAGACCGACAAAUGAUCCUGUUAAUGCUCCUAAUGCAAAUAACGGUCAGACUGUAGUUGUAGCUGGAAUAAGAUUUGGUCAAGCUGUAUGGUUAUUAAAAACGCAUUCUCCACCUAUAGAAGAAGAAACACGAGCACUUAUAUAUGGAUCAUUAGUUCAAGGUGAUAAUAGUGUAGAAGAAUUUGUUAGAAGAGUAAAACAUGCCGGAAGAAUUUUAGGAUAUAGAGAUGAAGAUUUACGAAGAAAAUUUUUAGAUGGCUUAGUGCCAGAAUGGUUAGAAAAGGCUGAAGAUAUAGGUGAGGAUAUGACUUUUGGGGAUUUAACUAAAGACUAA